AUGGGGGUUUUAAAGGAGUCCUGCCUACGCCCCUGGAGCACCCUUGACUCUGAAACUGACUACACCCCUAACAAUCCUAGUCUUUUCUUUUCCGUAGACAAUGAUCAGGAGUUGGGUUUCCCUGCAAUAGUUCCGAUCGAGUCAGGGAAAGGCUUUGAUGAUGAUUUUCUAUUUGAUUCUGAUCCAACCCAACUACAGCAGCCAACACAAGUGAGCCGUGUGCCAGAUAUUAGAGAUUCUAAAGAACCUGUGUUUACUAUAACACCUUUAGCUGAUAUUUUAAACGAGAGUCAAGUAGAGCCUGACUCCACUACCCUUGAGCCUGAUUCAUCCCUCCACGCCCAUUUACGACACGCCUCCCUCCAAAACCACCUAGACUUUAUCUCGGAGGGACAAGACGACGAUUAUGGUGUUAUUGAAUUAGAAAACUGUUUACCUCCUCAUCAAUCUCCUUCCCAUCUAGCAAACCAAUCAGGAGAUCUAUCAAUAGCUUCUUCACAUCUAGGAGAUCAAUCAGGAGAUCUAUCAGUAGCUCCUGAACAUCUAGGAGACCAAACAGGAGACCUAUCAGCAUCUACUCCAUCAGAAUUUUUUCCCGCAUUUUCUUUUCAUGAUCUAAACCUUCAAGAAGAACCUGACUCUAUGGCGUUCUAUUCUCAAGACCAUGGAUAUCAACAUUUUCAAAGAGAGAGAGACCCAAGUGGGCUAGAAUCUAGUGAAGGUCUCCUGUCCUAUAAACCUGGCGGAUCCACUCCAUCCAACCUUUGCUCCUUAGGAGCACACAAUCCAGGUUUAGUGAAUCCCUCCUCCUCCUUUUCUCCUCAUCAUAUGAUGAACUGGUCUGAGGAACCUGGUCCGCCACCUGGUAAUAUUGGUGGAAUGUAUUCAUCUUACGGAGAUCAGGGAUUCUCUAGGACAUUCCCUACUUCUCCAUUCUCCAGAGGACCUGGAUUCCAGGGAUUUCCCAGCAUGUCCGUUAACAUCUCAAUGAAUGGUGUUGGUUGUGACAUCACACAACCUGAACCGUGGCAGUACGAUUACAUGCACUCACAGGAGGGGGAACCAUUACCACGUAGUUUUGCUCUGUUUGAUACACCAACCAGGUUCCGUAGAGUCUUCAAAUCUCCAUCACAGUUCUUUGAAGAUGACAAACAGGGAUUGACCCCGCUAAUGGACGACGACCCCCACGGCUCUCAUCCAUCUUCCCCUGAUUCAUCUUCAGACGGAAAAAAUGUGUGCAGAAUCUGUGGAAAAGGAUAUGCUCGACCCUCGACCCUGAAAACACAUUUACGAACACACAGUGGAGAACGUCCUUACAGAUGUUUACAGUGUAACAAGUCCUUUAGUCAAGCAGCAAAUCUUACAGCACAUUGUAGAACUCAUAGUGGAGAGAAACCGUUUCACUGUAACAUCUGCAACCGGAAGUUCUCCCAAAGCAGUAGUGUCACAACACACAUGAGAACUCACAGUGGAGAUAGACCUUACAGGUGCAGAAUGUGUAAGAAAGCUUUCUCGGACUCUUCAACCCUUACAAAACAUCUGAGGUAG